AUGACAUUAUACCGGACCAUGUUGCACCGAUUGAAUGGCUUUCCUGGUCCAUUUCUUGCAAAAGUUACAAAAUUAUGGCAUGCUGCUCAUCUGUUCGAUUCAAAAAACCACCUCCUUUUGGGUAGACUUCAUCAACAGUACGGAAAUUUUGUUCGGACCGGACCAUCGGAGGUGACUGUCUUCGAGCCUGAGGUACUAGGAGCAGUUGAUGGUCCAGGAAGUCACUGCACAAAGGCGGUUUGGUACGAUGCUCUUCAGCCGGAGAGCCUCGUAAACACUACGCGCGACAACGGUAUUCACACCCAGCGUCGUCGUAUGUGGAAUAAUGCGUUUACUCCCCAAGCUCUUUCGGGAUACGAAGACCAGAUCGUCUUUUAUGCGAGAAGAUUCGAAAAGGAAGUCGCAAGAUCAGUUGGAAACCCUGUCGAUGCGUCGUCCUUGAUAUACAAAUUCACUUUCGAUCUGAUGGGCGAAGUCGCUUUCUCAAGGAACGCCGGUCAGGACCGUCUUCGCGAUCAGCAAUGGCACGCUGCCAUGACAGCACUACAGAAAGGCAUGGCUCUGUUGGGUCCAUUGAGUCCUGUCCCGUGGUUGCUUCAUAUCGGUCUCAGUCUGCCGUUCAUCCCGAUUGUUCGGGAUUGGAACAGCAUGGUCGCCUUCUGCAAAAGCUGCAUAGAUGAUCGUAUCAAGCUCGAGGAAACCGAUCACGAUAUAUCGUCAUGGUUGAUCGAUUCAUCCCAGGCAAAGGCCCUUUCCGAGGAGGAAAGAAUGAAAUGGCUGUAUGGCGACGCCAUCACAAUGGUGAUUGCAGGCAGUGACACCGUCGCACCAUCUCUCGUGUUCCUUUUCUACCACAUGGCGUUGCAUCCAGGCCCUACCGAAGCAAUACGCAAGGACUUGCAGACUUUGGACUCUCUGCACGACGUCAACGCGCUCCUGUCGCUACCUUCCAUGACCGGCUUCAUCCACGAGACCCUCCGCCUCUACCCUACCACGCCGACCGGCGGCUACAGGGUCACGCCGCCUGAAGGUCUUCACGUCGCCGGGCGAUACAUUCCCGGCGGUACGACGGUCGUGGCGCCCGCUUACAAUAUCGGCAGACUGGCAAGUUGCUUUCAGCGACCGGACGAGUUCAUCCCUGAACGCUGGUCUAGUCGGCCUGAUCUGGUGCUCAAUAAACGGGCUUUUGCUCCUUUCAAACAAGGACGCUAUAGUUGUAUAGGCAAGAAAUUAGCGUUGGCCGAGUUGAGUAUCGUGGUUGCGUUAAUCGUGUCGAAGUAUCACAUCCGAUUCCCUCCAGGCGAGGACGGAUCGUGGGUGGUUAGGGAUAUGAGGGACUGUUUCACGGCGAAGCCGGGGCAGCUGAACCUCGUGUUUGACGCGGUGGAUGACCGGUGCUAG